CCUGUACGUGUGCACAUCUAUUUACGCGUCUACCAAUUACUGACUCCUUUCUUCUUCUUCGUGAACCCUGUCUCGUACCCCACGUGAACUGCAAUGUUGCGGCUCACAUCGCCAGCCAAAUACAUCACUCUGCCUUCUAUGGAUCUCUCUGGCUUCGAGGAGGCUGGCACACUGGCGUCCAAAUAUGGAAAACGAUCGAGGGUGACGGCGAUCGCAAGUUCAACAUGUCAGCCGCCUCUCGCCAUAUAUAACCCGCCCAGGUUCGACUUUCCCUCCCCAUCCAACUUGAACUUGAACCACCACUGUCCACUGCGUAUUGCACAUGCUCCCCAUUCUCAUCUUGCUUGGCGGCGCGCUGGCCCUCAUCGGCGUGCUGCCCAGCCUCCCUCCGACGUUCAACGUCGGGCUGAUCCCCAGUACACUCCUCCUGACGCCGGCCGUCAUGGAGGACUUCCUGCUGUACUUGCCCUCUAGUGGCACCACGGCUGACGAGGUGCGCAACAUCGUCAACCUCAACUCGACCGAGAAGGCCGUCGUCGAUGUCGCCACCGCCGACGGGGAUAGCGACGACGGCCUUCACACGGUGACCGAGUACGAGAUGUUCAUCAUCCUCGUCGCGGUCUCCAUCUACUGCAUACCCACCAUCCUGCUCUACGGCGUUCCUCCCGUUUUCGCAGUCAUCAGUCGCCUCCCUAUCAUCGACGUUCUCGUAGACGACAUCCGCAGCGAAUUCGCCAAUCCGCGACUCUAUAUGAUCAAGCUCAUGUACGUUCUGGCGGGGCUGUACCUUGCCGAAGAGACACUGCUAGGACCCCUCUUCGGUGAUCCGCUUGUACGCAUUCGCUGGUUGAUGGAGCACGGGUGGAUCGACACGAUGUUCCUGGCACAGGACUUCAUGGUCUUGUAUCUGUGGGCAUGGUGGAAGCUGGUGGUCCCGACAGAACGGGCACGGGCUUUGGACGAGAUGGGCUUGGCCAAAGUACCCGUCUUCGAGGAGUGGGUUCUGCACAACACGGAUAGUGGGGCUCAUCGACGGUGUUCGGAGACGGGCGAUCUCUCUGGGCCCUGGGCACGCAAGGUCCUGAAGUCGUUUGACAAGGUGUACGACGUGCUGUUGUAUGACGACAAAGGCAUCGCAGCAGUCUUCGUCCAGCCGGAGACGACUGUGCUGUUCGGCGACCUUGACUGA